AUGAAUUUAAUCUUUUUCAGAUUCUCCAUCAACUUAAACAGGAUGGAAAGAAACUCAACUAUUCCCACCAAUAUCCUAGAGAUCGAAGGUUUUGACAUCUCUCCUGAGUUCAUGUAUCCUCUGUUUUUCUUACUGCUGUUUGUUUACUUUUCCCUGCUUUUUUCCAACGUUGGAGUUCUGGUGCUCAUCAUCACUGAGAAGAGCUUGCACCAGCCGAUGUACAUUCUCUUCUGCAACCUGUCCAUCAACGACCUGAUAGGCAACACAGUCCUGCUGCCUCGGCUGAUGGCUCACAUCAUUUCUACAGAGCGGUUCAUCACCUACAACCAGUGUGUGGCUCAGGCUUUUCACAGCCACACGUUCGGAUCAGCCUCACAUAUGAUUCUGGUCAUCAUGGCAAUCGACAGAUACGUGGCCAUAUGUCACCCCUUGAGGUACAGCUCAAUUAUGACCACCAGAACUGUAGUCGGGCUGUCAGCAACUGCAUGGGGAGUCUCCUUAGUGCUCGUUUCUGUUCUGAUUGGUCUCACGGUGAGGCUGUCUCGCUGCAGAUCAGUAAUACAAAAUGCUUAUUGUGACAACGCAUCACUGUUCAAGCUUUCCUGUGAAGACGUCUCUAUUAACAACAUCUACGGACUCGUUUUCACUGUGCUGCUGUUCUCUUGUUCAAUCGGAGGCAUCGGCAUCACCUAUUUCAGAAUAGCUCUUAUAUGUUGGAUGAGGAAAAACAAGGAGUUGAAUAACAGAGCUCUGCAAACCUGUGCGAGCCACCUCGUUCUUUACCUCAUCAUGCUCUUGUCAGGGUUUUUAACAAUCAUAUUGCAUCGUUUCCCAAAGUACCCCGAUUUAAGGAAGAUUGCAUAUAUUUUGUUUCACGUUGUUCCUGCUAAUUUAAAUCCAAUCAUUUAUGGAAUGCAGACGAAAUCAUUACGCCAUAAAAUCACCCAGAUACUGCAGAGAAAAUUGACUCCAAUCUAG